GAGGGAGAGAAGAGAUGAGGUGGAGGCUGGGAUUUGGGAUGUGAAGGUUUCGAAGAAGCUGGCGAGCAUGAAUAGUAGAAAUGAUGCGUUGAGAUUGGUUGCGGCGUAUGUGAAGGAAGCAUUGGCGAUGCUGGGUCCUCCGUUUAUUGCUUGGUCUGUUAGGUUUAAUAUGCAAAAGGGAAGUUUAGGGUUCGAAGGUGAUGAGGUUGCGGUGGAGAAGGAUGGUAAUGUGGGUGAUGGGCAGGUUCGAAUGGCGAAUGGGGCUGAAUUGGAGGUGCAAACGGCAAAUGGGGCUGAUUUGGAGGUGCGAAGGGCGAAUGGGGUUGAGUUGGGUGAUGGCUCCAAAUUGGAGGUGAGUGGGGCUAAUGUGCGUGAUGGGUCUGAAUUGGAAGCGCAGAGAGGGGCAAAUGUCAAUUCUGGGUCUGAACAGGAGGCGCAAAGGGUGAAUGAGGUUACUGUUAAUUCUGGGUCUGAACAAAAGGCACAAAGGGCUAAUGAGGCUAAUGUCAAUUCUGGGUCUGAAUUGGAGGCACAAAGGGUGAAUGGGGCAAAUGAUGUUAGUGAUAGGUCUGAACAGGAGGCACAAAGGGCGAAUGGGGCUAAUGUUAGUGAUGCCUCUGAACAGGAGGCGCAUGAUACUAAUGUUGUAGGGGCGGGGAGAUCACAACGUAAUGGACAUCGUGGUGCCUCAGCUUAGAACCUGCAACUAAAGAAAAAGAAACUCCAAGGAGCAGGGCACUUAGACACAGGCAUGGACCGGUUAAGAUUAGAGAUGCUGAAGAUGUAGGUACGGAAUCAUCAGCUGGCAUAUAUAAUUCUGUGUCUAGUGCUGAAGUUAGAAAAGUGCAAGAAGAACUUAAGUCCAGUGUUCUUGCUCUACAAGCUGUAGUGACAGACCCACUUCCCUAUGCUUUGCAUGUAUCGGAAAUUGUAAGAUCUGAGUUGGGAAUGAGACCUGUGGAUCAUGUAAGUGGAGAAAAUGGAGGUGCAGCAAUUCCAUCUGUUGAAAAGAAUUCUGAGCCUGAUCAAUCUAAUAAUGAUAAUCAUGGAAACCAGAUCAGUCAU